GGCAAGGACCAAGGAGUAUGAGUCAAUAGUCAUUCUUAUUAUGCUAGGUUUGGAUAAAUAAUUUAUUAUUAGCAUAUUAUAUGCAAGAUUAUAUUUAUAUAAUUAAUACCUGCUUUAAUUUUUACGAAUAUCAGAAAAACCGUAUCCAAACUGAACGAAUAUAACUUGUAAUAUAUUUAAUCACUAAGUACUGACGUCAUAUGAGGCUACGACUGAUACUUGUAGUACGUUAGUAGAAGUAUUAGUAUUACAAUUUUACAAGGAUCGAAGUAAAUCCAAAUAGAAAAAAUCAACUUCCUUUUAAAUUUAAAUUAAACUCCACAGACCUAAUCGGGCUAAAUCACAGUAACGUUUUACGUUAUUUCAGUGCUAGUGUAGAAUAUAUAGGUUUAAAAGUUUAAACCUAUAAUUAUAGAGCGCAAGCUCCCAGUUUUAAGUUACAACCUACCGAUGGGAACAUCAGUAUUUAAUAUUCAGAUUGUAUUUUCGUUGACAUGGAAAUACAUAGUGUUUAUAAGUAUAACCCUAUAUGUCAUUCCUGCCUAUUGUAACGACAAUAGUUAUUACGGAAGUAAUUUUUUAACUAACCGAAACUCGGAAAUUUCACAUGGCCCAGGAGAACGAUGUUUUUGUAAGCUUGAGGGAAGAAUAGAUGAUUGCACAUGUAGUGUGGAUACAGUAGAUUUUUUUAACAACAAUAAAAUCUAUCCUCGUCUCAAAAGUUUGCUUGUCCGAAAUUACUUCAGGUAUUUCAAGGUAAACUUGAAUCGUGCCUGUCCUUUCUGGCCAGAUGAUAGCAAAUGUGCUAUCAAGGAUUGUUCUGUCAAGGCAUGCUCUGAGGAGCAGAUUCCACCAGGAAUCAAAAGACCAUCAUUUGGUGAAAGGAACAAGAAUACAGCUAAUAAAAGUUUGAAUAAGUAUUCCAAAGAAGCUCAGGAAGAAGAUAACUGUGAUGAAAACCAUGGGGGGCUUGGAGCUGUUGAUAAAACAAUCAGUGAAAAGAGUAAAGAAGAUUUCAAACAGUGGCAAAAACAUGAUGACUCUCAGGAUAUUUUUUGUGAAAUUGAAGAUGAAUUAUCUCAAGGCAUGCAGUAUGUAGACCUGCUGAUAAAUCCUGAAAAGUAUACAGGGUAUAAGGGACCAUCAGCUCGUCGCAUUUGGAGAAGUAUUUAUGAAGAGAACUGUUUUAAGCCUGGUAAGGGGUAUGGUCCAUAUACAACAUCAAAAAAUCUGAAUGCCAUGUGUCUUGAGAAGCGAGCAUUCUACCGAGCCAUAUCUGGACUUCACACCAGUAUCAACAUCCACCUAUGUGCACAGUACCUGAUGCCUAUUAGGAAUAGUUUUGGAUCUGGAGAGUGGAGUAUAAACUUGAAGGAGUUUCAACGGCGAUUUGAUCCACAACAAACAUUUGGAGAAGGGCCGCAGUGGCUUAAGAACUUAUACUUUGUGUACUUACUAGAGUUGCGAGCUUUGGCUAAAGCUGCUCCAUACUUGGAGAGAGAACUAUUCUAUACUGGUUUAGAUGAAGAAGACAAAGAGGUCCAGAUGGCUGUGAAGGACUUUUUGUCUAUUGUCAAAUCUUUUCCAGAUCAUUUCCAGGAAAGUGUAAUGUUUGUAGGCAAAGAUGAAGGAGCCAAAAAAUUAAAGGAAGAAUUUAGGCAGCAUUUCCGUAAUAUUUCUCGAAUAAUGGACUGUGUGGGCUGUGACAAAUGUCGGCUUUGGGGAAAACUUCAGACACAAGGCCUUGGCACUGCCAUGAAGAUUCUCUUUUCAGGAGACCAGGACUCUGACCUUCACAUGUCAGAUGUCAAAAAAGAGAAAUUCCAGCUGACAAGAAUUGAGAUAGUCUCACUUUUCAAUGCAUUUGGAAGAUUAUCUAACAGUGUAUAUCAGCUAGAAAAUUUCAGGAAGAUGAUGAAAGAAUUAUGACCCUUUUCCAUGACAGACUUGCUAUUAUAUAUGUAUUGUUAUUGAUGGUUUCUUCUUGCAUCAUCUGAUUCCUUCCCAUCAUAUCUUGUGAUACUCUGAUGGACCAACUACCCAUGUUUAAGUUUUAGUUUCCUGUUACCAGUCACCAUCGUGAGAAGUCUUCACAGUCCACUGUGCAGAUUGUAGAGCCAUGAGUUUUACAAUGGGCUAAAGGUCUAGAUUUCUGUAAAAAGUCUACCUGUAAAUCAUUAUGUACUGAGUAAGGGAAUACAUCAAAAUCAUUCCUCUUUUUUUCUUUUUCUUACUCAUAUCAGUCGUAUUCUUCAUAACUUUUUCAAAUGAGCAUAUCAACUGUCUCACAAGCCAGUUUAGAAGUAAAGCAGAACUCAAAUUCAGUGAUUCUUUUAGGAAACAGCUUUCACAUAUAUAUUUAGAAAUUUUGACUUGAGCACUCAGAUUUACAAAUGUUUGGUUACUUUAUUUAAACUCAUAUGAUAAUUUUAUCACAAGUAGGGCACUUUUUUUCAUCAGAACUAAAAACUUAACAUACUUUUUUUUCCAAGUGAUAACUGUAAAUAUAUAUAAUUUAAGUUAUUGCAAAAAAUAUCAAUGAAAAUUAAUAAUUAUUUCAAUUAUUAUAUGUGGCAUUAAAUACAUAUAUAUAUAUAUAUAUAUAUAUAUAUAUACAUAAAGCGAAAAAAAAACCUUUAGUCAGUUGUCUCAUCUUGAGACCUGUUAAGUAGUGAUUAUUAUUAUUGUAUGCUUAAAGAUGAUAGGUUGGUCAGUUGUUGUAUCCAGGGGCGUGGCUUCAAUAGUGCACCAUUGACUUUAAGAACCAUGUGCUGUGCAUGACCAUUAUUCUUAUGUUUGUUCCCAAAAUUGUUCCACAUUGCUUGAAUGUUGUGUUAGAAUAUUUCCACUUCUCCAGUAAACCUGUUGCAAUUAUGGAACUUCUCCUUAUGUUACUCUUAGACGUGCAUGUGUUUCUCGGAACUGUCAUUAGCUGAGGUAGAAGUUUAGCUACAGUUUUGGCAGAUGAUAAAGCUUCUUAUCACUGUUCAACAUGUUAUUGUUAAGGUGGUGACACAGUAAGCAGCCAGAACAAGCCACAAGUUAGGGAUAAAUUUAAAUUUUUAUGUUUUAUAUAACAUAUUGUCAAAAUGUUAAGUUUGGUUAUGAACAGCUUUUUACAUUUCAGGGUAUUCUACAUUCAGGACAAUACACACAAAUUUUGUGGCAUUUGAUUUUUAUUUACCAGCAUUAAUCAGCAAAUCAUAUCUAUAAGGUGUAGAACUAACAUGAGCUAAAACAAGUUUUGGAUAUUUUUCAGUAAGGGUAAAAUAUAUUUUUUUAAGAUAUAGAGGUUUACUCUUUUAUCAAAAUUGUUUUAUCUCUAGUUUUUGUUUUGGCCUAUAGUAUUUUCUUGAACGACUUAGAUUCACACAGCACAUUACUUUAAGUAAACAUUUUAGUUUCAUCAGGUUUCACCAUAAAACACUCCAUCUUCUAGGGGUUAAGUGGUUCCUGCUUAUUUUUUCCCCAUCGUGGGUGCAACUAAUUUUGUGUUAUACAACCAACUUAAGUAGUCACCCUACACCCCUAGUUGUAUAUGCUUCCAAAGUCCUUGAUUAUUUACACAUACUUCCAAUUCUUCUUUGAAUUCACCUAAGUUAUAAGAACUUUGUCCUUUCCUAGUUCAUUAUAAAUUAAGAAAAAAAUACCAUACUAGUUGCAACAGUGCUUAAUAUGUAAGAACUUGAAGAGACUGUAAUAAGGACUCAACAUGUUUGAGCUUUGACUGUAAAAUCAAGAAGUUCUACAGAUUUCAGUGUUAGGGAAAGUUAAUAAUACGUUAAGGAUAAUAAAGGCCACGUCUAUACAAAUUAUUUAAAAAAUAUAUAAUUUUGGUUUUGGAAUUUCUGAUAAUAAAUAAUUAGAUUGGGCAUUUAGUAUCUUUAAAUACUAACAAGUAAUAUUUAACUAUAAAUCAAAGGGAGAAGUUUUCAGAAUAAUUGUGGGACUAUUUCAGUAUGUUUUCUGUUAUUUUACUUUGUUUUAACUAUAUUUAGUUGGCAUUUCUAAAAAACGUUUACUUAUACAAAUUAAAAGGAACACCAUAAAUUAUUGAAUUUAGAAAUUUUGACUGGAGCACUCAGAUUUACAAAUGUUUGGGAGUUUAUUUAAACUCAUUUAUUGGUAAUUUUGUCCCAGUGCAUAGAGCACUCUUUUUUUUUAUACAUCAGAACUAAAAACUUAACAUACCUUAUUUUUAAAAGUAAUAACUGUAAAUAUAUAAUUUAAGUUAUUGAAGAAACAUCUAUGAAAAUUAUUAAUUUUUACAGUUAUUAUCUGUGGCAUUACAUUUUAUACUUGGGUUUCAUUUGUGUCAGUGUUGGUUUUGAUAUCUUAAUUAGUUUGGUAUGUUAUUUUAUGGUUUUGUUAGGUUCUUUACAGGUGGUUGAGUAAAAGUUGACUAAGUUUUAACACUAGAACUGUGAGACAAAUGAAAGAUACUUACAUUUUAAAAGUGAAAACUAUCAAAUUGAUGAAUUUGGUGGUUCUUGUGUUAAAAGGCUGUUCUGAUAUCAUACAUAUAUUUUUUAAAAUAAAGCUUUUUUGACCAGAUUAAAUUUUGUUUAUAAAAUUGAUCUGAAAAUUGUAACUAAAUCCAGUACAUUUUUCGAACAGCACUGAUUGUUUUGUAAACAAACUACAUUUAGCUGUGGUUGGAUUAGAAACAACCUUGUUUAAUUUUGGAGAUAUUAUGAGAUCUGUUAUAAAAGCUGAGCUAAAAGUUGAAUCUUGCAUGCACACACAGAAUUAUAUAUAAAUAAAUUAGAAAAAACUUUGAAAAACUAAUCAAAUAUAAUGCUGUGUUUCAUUGUAAAGUUUGAUGUCAUUAAAGGAAGAAUAUCUUAAUGUUUUAAUUCUCUUUGAUCAUAGGAUGUUAGAAAUAGUCCAUAGUUAUUUGAAAACACUUUGGAAUGAAUAAGUUUUCAGUUCUCAACAGGGAGUGCUUGGAAUGGUUCCUAAAGUUCAGGAUCUUCCAGAAGUAAUGUAAUUGCAGGUUUGUAGUAGUGCUGAAUUGAAUAAAGGAGGUGAUGGAAAACUGAAAAUAAUUAGAGAAUUAAAUUGCUCUUCUUGAAAAUUAUAAUGGAAAAUUUUAAUUGGUUGAAAUUACUGGUUUUGCAGUCUUUAUAAGAACACAAUAACCAAUAACAUCAGCCGAUUCAGAAAACAUUUUGAAAAGUUGUGUUGCCUUUGUAUUCAUGAUGGUAUUUCAGUUUUACAAAACUUGUAUACAACCUUUUAUUGGGUAAUAUUGAGUGAAACAUGAUAUAUUCACCACAAAGAAAGAUUAUUUUAUUAUAAAAUUAUUUACAAACACCUUAGGAACAUUUCUCAAGUAAAUAAUGUUUUAUUUUAAUGAAAGAGGUUUAAGUCAGUUAAAUUUUGUUUGUUUUAAUAUUUACUAGAAAGUUUGAAGUAUUUAAGUUAUUCUAUAUUUAAAGUUUAAUGUUUACAGACACAUAUUAUAUUCCAUUCAGAAUGUCCUACAAUAAUAUAUCCUUAACCAACAGGCUUAUUUCUGGUUUGAGAAGGUGUGUUUGCUUGAAAUGUUGCCAAGAAAAUCAAAAAUCAAAUUAAAGGUUCUUAAAAUGAUUUAUCUCCAAAAGCCAAAUUUCUUUCUCUUUUUUUUUACUUUUCAUAUGUAUAAAAAAAACUAAGUAUGUGCAAACAAACCUAGUACCUUUUGUUAAACUCUUGUUAUAAGUAAUCUCCAGAUAAAAUUACUUCCCAAAAUAUGCAUGUUAGUGAACUAUUAAGUUUGAAUUUCUGUUUCUUAUUUUGUUCUUAUUUAAAAUAAUAACUUUAGUAAUUUUUAAUUUCAUUAUAUUAGUGUUCAAUAAAUUGUACUUCAAUUUAGAUCUGUAUAAAAUAUUCAUGUUUAAUUAUCAGCUAGUAACCAGAAAAUAUUAACUUAAAAACAAACUAAUAGGUCCUGCAAAUAAUAGUUAGGUUAUUUUUUUGUGAUUAUGAGCAGUCGUUUAUUUUUUCUUGUUUUUACUGUGAGUGAAAUUGACAGAAAAAUUUAAUUGGAUCACUUAUUCUUUUAUAUAGCAGCAUUAAGCCUGGUGGUCAGUAAGUUUGACUUGCAAUCUAUGGGUUAUGCAUUUGAAUUAUGUCACCCUUUCAGCUGUGGGUUUUUUUAUAAUUCCAAUUCCAUUUUUUGUUAGUAAAAGAGUAGCCAAGAUUUGGAGGUGGGUGGUGUUGACUUGUUGCCUUCCUUCUACUCUAUCACUACUAACUUAGUGAUGGCUAGCACAGAUAGCCCUCUAGCAGCUAUGUGUAAAAUUCAGUAAACAAAAAAGUAGCCUUAUUAAUUACAUUGAAUGGAGCUUUUGAAACACUGACAGAAGAAGGGUCCUGAAAAUAGUAUUUCCCCCCCCCUCUCCCCUUCAGUAGAAAGUAAAGUACUAGGAGGUUAUGAAAAGUAUGUUUUCAAAUGCUAAGAAUUUAAUGUUUGUGAAAAAAAAUAAUUGCAGAAAUCAAAAGUUCCUAAGAGUACAAGAAACACAAGGAAAGACUUCUGUUUGUAUUAUGUACCUUGGUUUAAAGAAUUACCUAAUUUUUUAAAUGGUAAAUAUAGGUUGAAACUUAAAACAAUGAAUGAAUGUCUUAGAUAAGAACAUUAUACUAUUAACAAUAACUCAAGAAAAGUCUAUUACUCUACUUGGGUUUUCAAAACUUUUACUCUCAAUUGGCCUUAUAUAGUAAAGCUCAGAUACCUACCUUUAUUUACAUUCCAUUUGUUCAUUUAUAUCUUAUACACACAAUAAGUUAGAUUACCGUUUUGUUUGUAAGGCAACAUGUUUCAUUUGACUAAUUUUUAUGUAAUAUUAAUUUUGAAAAAGUUAAUAUUCUUGUCCAUCUGAAACUUUCUAGAACAUUUUGAAUAAGUCUGAUAAAAUUAGUAAAAGGGUCCUUUACUUACUUCUGACACUUAAAGUAUGAAAAAUUCAACUUCAUUGUGUAAUAACAGUACAAGACUACUUGUUUCAAUCAUUGUAAGACUAUGUACUCUGAUUUUUUUUAAUACUCAAAUGUAUGAGAAUUGUAUGAUUUUGAAUAUUUUAUCAUAAUAUCAUUAUCAAUCCCUUGUUAUACAGUAUAUUGCUUUAUUAUAAAUCUGUUGUUCUGACAUUGCACAUUGAAAGUAACUGUACACCUCAGCAUUGAACUUUUAAUAAAAGUUAUAUCUGUUCACUUAGAGCAACA